AUGGCCGUCGACGGGAAGCCUCUCGAGGUCGACGACGAUCCCUCCGUCGUCGACAGGCGCCAGAUCCUGGUGGUCGACUCUGGGACCGACGACACCUUCAUUUCGUCUCCACUUUUUUAUGCUCUCGCCGAGGCGAUAGCGUCAGCGAUGCUGCAAGAUAAGGCGUAUUACCGUGAGUAUGGUAGCAGGAAAGUCUGUUUCAGGCCCGUCGGCGGCGGCGAGCCGGUGAACUGGAAGAUCUUGCCGACGGCGGAGAUGCAGUUCCUAAGAGCUACGCUGAAACUGCCGCCGGAGAAUGUGUUCCAUCAGCAGUCAGCUGAUCGCAUAUGCUUGGCGUUCCAGUCGAAUGACGCUGCUGGCGCGCCAGAUGUUCAGAUUCUAGGGAACAAAGCCCUCAGAUCUUUCAGGGUUGUGUAUGAUCUGCACAAGAUGACCUUUGGCUUCCAAGCCCGCGCGUGUGUGAAAGGAGUUGCCUCGGCCAUGUACUAUAUAUAA